AUGGCCGACAGACAUGGAGAUAGGACCGCACCGUUCUAUUCAAUUCCUCCACGGCAGAUUGUUGGUGUCGAACAUCCAGGUGUUGUCAAAAACGUCGAUAGAGCAAUUGCUACGCUUCAUGGCAACGAUGGCAUCGCCAAGGUAGGACCAGUCUCGGGGCAUACCGAGACUGAGAGGAGAGAUGCAAAAACAUUAUUACGCAGUCUUCGUGACAAUGUUGGGAAAUACACCAUCGAGCCAGUUGGCCGUGUGGAACGGACUCAUGUUUUUCGCGGCAUUCCGGAUUUCGUAUUCUCAACCGCGUCGAGCCCAUUUACGCAGAAAUUCCGAGAGCACAUUCUGCCAUUUGACUCCUUACUGACCAUCAUCCAAUGCGCAGUUGAGAAGAUGAAGGGGUUUGACAUCAGUAUGAGCAAAGGAGAGGUUCGCAACGUGGAUAUCAUACCACCACCCUCAUUUAGUGUUGGAGAUGUUCCGUUCCAGUACACGUACCGCCAAAACCCUACGGUCAAGCAGUCAGUUGACACGACUGGGAAAAUAACGACUGUCAACACCCAACAGAGCAGCAAAGUUCUCACCCACCUCGUUCCAUACGAUAUUCCAGUUGUGCCUUCCAAGCCACGGGAAAACUGCCCUCCUAUAUCGUCACUCGACAAGACUCUCCAGGAGACCAUUGCGGCCCUUGAGGCCCUCUUCGCUGAGCGUCCAGCGUGGACCCGCCGCGGACUGCGCAACUCUCUCAAGAGCAACGAGCAACGCUAUUGCCUGCGUCAUGCAAUCGCCUACGUCGGAUACAUCUUCCGUUCGGGGCCCUGGCGGGACGCCAUUGUCAAGCUCGGCCACGACCCUCGCUCGUCACCGGAUUACCGGAUCUAUCAAACGUUCGUAUUCCGCAUCCUUCCUCGGGAGCCCGAACUCGCGCGCGACGGCGGCGGAGGACGGCGACAUACGCUCCCUCGGCCGUCGGAAACCGUCAAUGACCCAUCCAAAGACGGCACCAGUAAUACGCACCUGUUUACGGGAAAGCCACCCCUGCCACUUGACGGCAAGAUCUGGAUGGUCUGCGACCUCGUCGACCCUAUACUGCGGCAGAUCCUCAUGCCCGAGAAUCCACCACCAAACUUCCUCCGGUCGACGUGCGACUGGAUCUGCGACGGCUGGUACGGCAACGGCACGCUGGCCAAAGCGCGGACAAUCAUCCGCGCCAAAAUCCACGCCAUGACGCAACAGAACCGCGUCCCCGACGACUCGGAGUUUAUGCGCAUCCUCUCUUUCCCGGACCACGCCGAUGCCGACGACAACCUGGCCGCUUUCCACCUGGACCCGGAAACCGCAACCUCGCGGGAGAUGCAGCUGGCGACCGAAGUGCGAGCCACGAUCAAAGGCGCGCCGAAUUGGAAGGCUGCGGGGAUGGACCAUCGGCAGCGCACCGCCCGGAACCAGCCGCACACACCCACCGCAACAGCCGUCGAGAUAGCAGGCACUGAUGAUACGGCGGCCGCAGCGGCAGCAGCAGCAGCAGAAGCCAAAGAGGUCCGAUGGGAAGACGAAGACGAGGCCGAAGCGGCACGGCGAUUGGUGGAAGAAGAGGAGGAAAGCGAAGGCGAAGAAGAGGCGAUCGAACGGGAGGAAAUCGCUGCUGCUGUCGCUGCUGAAGAAGCACAGCAGCAGCAGCAGCAGCAAUUACGCCCGAAACUGGACGAAGCUAACAGCGAUGAGGAGAUGAUGGCGGACGAAGACGAGGAAGAAGAAGAGGAAGAAGAAGAAGAGGAGGAGGAUGAGGAGGAGGAAGAAGAGGAAGAUGAUGAUGAAGACCAAGAAUUAGAUCCCGAAAACAUGGACUUGGAGAAGGGAGAAGAAGACGACGAAGACGAAGUUUGA